AAACAUGGCGCCGGCCCGCAGCGUUGCAGCUUCCCCGACAGACGACGCGGAGAGGGACAGCCGGAGGAGAAGAAGGAGAAGAAGCGGCUCAUCCUGAACCCGUUUUCAUCAAACUCUCUCUCUCUCUCUCUCUCUAGAAACGAACACAACUCCACGUCCUUUCGAGGUGUCCACCGGAGGAGACUUUACGUGCAGCCUUCUUUUUCUUUUUUUCUUUUUUUUUGGAGACGUUUUACGCGUCAGACCGUGCGCGUAACAGAGAAGCCCACCUGUCGGACGAAGGGAGACUUCACUCCGUUGGCUUCAAGGAUGUGAAUCUCCCUGAUUUAUAUCACGUAACGGGGCCGAGCGAGCGGACAAGACGGGUAGGCUCGGGGUCAGCAGACUCUGGCUCUGGGAGGAACAUGUGCGGCCCUGCGAGGAACGGAACCACCGAGGCUGGAGAGGACUGAGUCUUUCCAGGGGAAAAAAAAACAACAACUUUGUUCCCCUCUUCGCCACCGAGAGGAUGGAUGGAGAACAUUCUGCGCUGUCAGGAGUCGAGAGGGAAAGAGAGAGGCUUCCACCAAUUUACCACAGCUCCACUCCUGCUGGUUUCGGGCGAGGAGCUAAGCAGCCGUUUCCGUCUCUGGGCACCUUCAUCUCCACACUGAGCCAGAGGAGGGACGCAGGGGGGCGGGGCUUUGCUGGCGGCAUGACGGGCACCUUGACCAGCACCCAGUGGCUCAGACAUGGGAGAGAGCUGCCUCCGAUCUGCAGCGACGUUCGUCAGAAGCAGCGUCUCUCCAUCGACACGCUUCCCCCGGAGGUCAAAGCUCCGUUCCCCUCCGACCCCGUCAUCCCCCUGCGUACCAAGACCACCAAGGAGUUUCAGGAGGACGUGGAGCGUGCCGUCCAAUCAGGUGUCUGGAGGGAGGUCCGAGAGUUUUACCUGACCACCUUUGACUCCUUUAUAGAAAUCAACGCUGCCUUCAAGCGAGAGGCGAACGGAUCCUUUAACACCAUCGACGACUCGGGAGUCAACGCCAAGUUUGUCAACGCGGUUUACGACGCGCUGCUCAGCACACCUCAGGACAUCCAGAAGUCAGUGUUGAAAGGGAUCAUCAACAGCCUGCUGAGGGAGUGGAAAGGGCCUCGGACCAAAGAUGACCUUCGAGCUUAUUUCAUCCUCGUUCAGAACCCCCAGUAUUCGAGCACCAGCACCUAUGUGAUCUACGCUCACCUGCUGAGGCAGAUCGCAGCUCUCUCCGAGGCCGACCACCACUUCCUGGUCCAUUGGCUAAAAAAGCUGUCGCCGAGGCGUUUCAGGCAGCCGGUAGAGCGCCUCCUGCAGUUCAUCUCCACCCGGCUGUUUCCUGCAGAACCAGACGAACUUCCACCUCUAACCAAGUGCUCCUGGUGGAUCCCCUCAGCUACCAAAGUGCUCGGCCUGUUCAAUGCAGCCAACAGCGUCUCCACUACUCCCAUCAUGCCUUUCACCGACUUCUACAACAUCACCCUGGAGCACAUUGACUUCAUGGAGGAGUACAGGACCUGGCAGAACUACGGCAACUCGAAUAGGUUUUCCUUCUGUCAGUUCCCCUUCAUCCUUUCGACAGUGGUGAAGAAAGCCAUCAUCCAGAAAGACUCUGAGCAACAGAUGAUCAGUCAGGCCAGGCAAAGCCUGGUCAGUAAGGUGUCUCGCAGGCAGAGAGUGGACAUGAACCUUCUGUUCCUCAACAUCAAAGUACGACGAGCACAACUCCUCAGCGACUCACUGGAUGAGUUGACGAGGAAGCGGUGCGACCUGAAGAAGAAGCUGCGCGUGACGUUUGUCGGGGAGGCGGGGCUCGACAUGGGCGGCCUGACGAAGGAGUGGUUCCUGCUGCUGGUCCGACAGAUCUUCCACACGGACUACGGAAUGUUCACCUACAUGAAGGACUCACGCUGCCAUUGGUUCAGCAGUUGGAAGUGUGACAACUAUUCUGAGUUCCAGUUGGUCGGCACUCUGAUGGGCUUAGCAGUUUACAACAGCAUCGCCCUGGACAUCCACUUCCCCCUCUACUGUUACAGGAAGCUCCUGACUCCACCCACUAUACCAUGUGACCAAAAUGCCCUUGUCGGCAUGGCAACUGCCACCCUGGACGACCUGCAGCAGAUCAUGCCGGAGCUAGCUCGUGGUUUGGGAGAGCUGCUGAGCUACGAGGGAAACGUCGAGGAGGACUUCUACCUCUCGUUCCAGGUUUUCCAGGAGGAAAUGGGCGUGGUUAAAUCCCACAACCUGAAGCCUGGAGGAGACAAAAUCCCCGUCACCAAGCAAAACAGGAAGGAGUAUGUCCAGCUCUACGUCGACUUCCUGCUGAAUAAAUCCAUCUACAAACAGUUUGCUGCCUUCUACCACGGCUUCCACAGUGUGUGUGCCUCUGAUGCGCUCAUGUUGCUGCGUCCGGAGGAGGUGGAGAUGUUGGUGUGCGGGAGUCCAGAACUCGACAUGAGCGCUCUGCAGAAAGCUGCUCAGUACGAAGGAUACGGGAAGACGGAGACCACCGUACGGUGCUUCUGGGAUGUGGUGUUGGCCUUCCCUCUGGAGCUGCAGAAGAAGCUCCUCCACUUCGCCACAGGAAGUGACCGCGUUCCCGUCGGAGGGAUGGCCGACCUAAACUUCAAAAUCUCCAAGAUCGACGUUCCAACGGACUGGUUGCCGAUCUCUCACACCUGUUUUAAUCAGAUCUGUCUGCCUCCUUAUCGAACCAGGAAGGAGCUCAAGCACAAACUCACCAUCGCCAUCUCCAACGCUGAAGGCUUUGGCCUAGAGUGACCGGCCUGUACACACACACACACACACACACACACACACACACACAGACACACACACACUCGCCAUCGCCGACACUGAAGGCUUUGGCCUAGAGUGACCGAAAUGUACACACAAACACACACACAGACACACACUCACACACACACUCGCCAUCGCCGACACUGAAGGCUUUGGCCUAGAGUGACCGGCCUGUACACACAAACACACACUAACACACAAACACACACAAACUCACGUAGAUUAUUAGUGACGUUAACUAUCCGUCACUAACACAACUCACUCAUCACGUGGUUGUGGAUCAGACUUUGGAGGAAACUGGAUCGUCAACAAAAGAGUUCUGACGUCAAAAAGUAGCAUUGACUGAAAUGGUGUUUGUAUUGUUGUUUUGUUGCCGAUGUUGUUGCUUUGUUUAUUCCCACCACAGCUACAGAGGAACACUAUAAAUCCUUUUAUUUGCACAUGGACUGUGUUCGCUCUAAUAGGAUAUCGUUUUACUUUUUUAAAGACGUCCGCAAUGUCAUUUUAAAAGAACGUAACUUUCAGCGUCAGCUUUCCUAAGUUACAGUCACCUGAAUUAAGUUGGAAAUAUUUCAUUGAAAACAUAAUCAAAGGCUCUUGAAACUUGUGUGUCAACAAAACCAGUAAGCUUCUCUUGAAUUGUAAUAGGAUGCUAAUUUUGCUCAGGUAAUUAUUAUGUUGUGUUUUUUUAUUUUAUGGUCCAGAGCAAACUGAGGAAGCAUCUCCAUCGAGCCGGUUGAAUUAAUUUGAACAAGAAAUCAGGCUUCAAAUGACAAAAAAUGCUCAAAUAACAUGGAUUCAAUGAUUGUUUAGGUAAAUAAUUGAAAGAGAGGGAAUUAGUUUUUAUGACACAGCAACGAGUAAAAAAAGAAAACUAAUCUGGAGAUCGCUCAAGAUUUGAGACGUAUGUUUUUGAUAUGUUCCUGUUUUGUGUUCCAUUGACUUCACAAAUAUCUAUUUUAUGAAAGCAUAGGAAUAUAUGUGUUUUGUAGCAUUUAGCUUUGUUUGCAGAACACUUUCAGGAUAUUAAGCUUUUUUUUCCCGGGGGAGACGAACGCUAUCGUUUUUUCAUCGAGAUAUCGAUUGUCUUGUGAAGUUUUGUUAUUAUUGUUGUUGUUUUUUUUUGACAUUGCUGCCUGUUUUUAUCGGAAACAAAAAGGCUGCAGCAGAAAUAUUUUUAAUUUUGUUUUGAAGGUUGUAAUAUUAUGAUUACGCUUGUUUGGUGUCUCCUGUGUUGUCUUGUGCUAUCGUGGUUCGUGGUUGACUGUUGGCCCGAGUGACGUGCAGACAGAGGAUGAAGCGGGAUGGGAAAAAGAAGCCAUCUUCUUCUGUGCGUCCUGUUCUGGUAUUAGCGUGUACUCCAGGUGCACAGUCAGACUGGUCAUUUGACUAUCGAGACGUUUCAGUAAGAAGUACUUACUGGUGAUUACAACAUCCCUCUAUGAUCACAGUCCUGCGAAGCAACUUCAGUGAAGCACCUAUUUCUGGUGUUCAGAGCUCUGAGCCCAACCAGGUUUUUAAAAAAAACAAAAAACAUAAUGCUGAGAGGAAGAGAGCGGACUGUGACGUGGUGCUAAGUGCUUGUAAACAAGUUUAAUGUGAAUCGGCUUCAGUCGCUUCAACGGCCCCAAAAAAAAAAAAAACGUUUGAUAGAAUCGUCAAGUAAAGCGCCGAGCAUCGCCUCCUAUUGGAUCAUUCGCGGUUGACGAAAUGCAUUGAAGAUCCGAUUAAAUGGGCGACUCUCUGCCUUUAGUGUAGCUCGCUUUAACUCUUUUGGCUUUCUGCCUGCGGCUGAGCGGUGACGGUUUUAACCCACACAGCAUCGUCCUAUGUAGGGGGUUGCCACGGCGAUAUGUCUAAAGGUCCUCACGACUAAGUGACAAAGAGCCCAGAAGUUACCAAGCAACAGACAAGCAGCUCACAUCAGUCUAAUCAGUCUAAGAGGGGUCCCCCCCUCUUUAUACAAGAAUGGAUCCUUUCUCUGAAGUCCAGUGCAACAGCAGGAGAGGGUUUAAGAAGGACUUCGUUCCACAUUCACAGCACGUCGGACUUAUUGUUAAUAAACAAGCAGCUGACUGGAGGGAAACGUCAACAUCCUUGUUGCCUGAAUACUAACAGGGACACAUUCUUUGGCCUCGAAAACGGAGAGAUGGGUGUUGGAGGAACGCAUUCUGGGUCAAGCGGGAUAAAGUGACGUCAGAGAAGUUGUGUUUUUUUUGUUGUUUUUUUUUUGUCUUUUAGAUGUUAAUCUGACCCACGUCUGUUGUUUGUAAAAAAAAAUAAAAUAAUAAUAAUAAAAACAUGUGACCAAACUGUGUCGGGUUAUACAGUGGGACGGCGGUUUGAAAAUAGAUCAAACUGAUUCAAAGAGUUUUGUCGAGAUGUAAUUAUUUCCACUUGUCGGAUGUAUGAAAGCACGUACAAAAAAAGUAGAGAAAGGUCAUGUUUUUUUUCUGAUGUUUUUUUUUUAAUUAUUAUUAUUAUUUAACAAAUAUAAACGUUCAGGUUUAUCAGUAUCUGCUCAAUGUUGCGUACACUUAGUUCUACCCUUCGUUGAUGACCGUACUGUACAUGUGCUUCUCUGUUGCUCAAGUCUUAUAUAAUGUCUGUAUGCAGUGCAGCAUUUCUAUAAGUAUGUACAGUAAAAUGUGGA